AUGGCGGCGCCCAUGUUCCAGGUUUUCCGCCGGCUGUUCGGUCUGGGUCGCUGGCCCGGGCCCCGACUCUCGGGGCGGCGGUGUAAGGGUCAUUUCGGCGCGCGGGACGUGCUGUUGGCGCAGAAGAUGCGAGGUCUGUUCGCGGACAUUUUCCCGGCAAAGGGCGUCGCCCCGGAGCUACCGGAGCUCCUGGCCGGCGGCGCCCAGACCGUGUACUGCGGCUUCGACCCCACGGCCUCCUCCCUGCACGUGGGCCACCUCUUGCCAGUGCUGGGGCUGCUGCACUUCCAACGCGCCGGGCACCACGUGAUCGCCGUCGUGGGCGGGGCCACGGCGCGCCUCGGAGACCCGAGCGGCCGCAGCAAGGAGCGCACGGCGCUGAGCGCGGAGCGCGUGCGCGACAACGCGAAAGCCCUGCGCGCCUCUCUGGAGCAGCUGGCCGCGGAGCACCGGCGCUUGUUCCACGAUGGGCGGCCGUGGGGCACCUUCACCGUCCUGGACAACGCGGCGUGGUACUCGCACUUGGCGCUCGUGGACUUCCUGGGCGCCGUGGGCGGCUCUUUCCGCAUGGGCCCCCUGCUGAGCCGCCACAGCGUGCAGGCCCGCCUCGGCAGCCCGGAGGGCAUGAGCCUGGCCGAGUUCUUGUACCCGGUGCUGCAGGCCUACGACUUCUACCACCUGCACCAGCGCUACGGCUGCCGCGUGCAGCUGGGCGGCUCGGACCAGCUGGGCAACAUCAUGUCGGGCCACGAGUUCGUCCGCAGGGUGACUGGGAAAGAUGUCUUCGGAAUCACCGUUCCUCUGAUCACCAGCACAGCUGGAGCCAAACUGGGGAAAUCUGCUGGCAACGCCGUGUGGCUCCACAGAGAGCUCACUUCUCCGUUUGAAUUUUAUCAGUUUUUCGUCCGACAGCCCGAUGACUGUGUAGAAAGGUACCUUAAACUCUUCACUUUUCUACCCCUUCCGGAAAUCGAACAUAUAAUGCAGAUGCAUAUGAAAGCGCCAGAAAAACGGGGACCCCAAAUACGGCUUGCAACAGAAGUGACAAAAUUUGUUCAUGGCCAGGAGGGAUUGGGAUCUGCCAAAAGGUGUACCCAAGCCCUUUAUCACUGCAGUAUAGAUGCACUAGAAAUUAUGUCUGAUGAAGAGUUAAAAGAGCUGUUUAAAGAAGCUCCAUUCUCCGAAUUAGUUCUUGAACCUGGAACAAGCGUAUUAGAUACCUGUCGCAAAGCAAAUGCCAUUCCAGAUGGCCCCAGAGGGUACCAGAUGAUUACAGAAGGAGGAGUCAGUAUAAACCACAAACCAGUAACUAAUCCAGAAAGUGUUCUAGUUGUUGGAGAACACAUCCUCAAGAACGGACUUUCACUACUGAAGAUAGGAAAAAGAAAUUUCUACGUUAUAAAGUGGCUUCAAUUGUGACUGGAAAAAGUAGCUGAUAAUAAAAAUUUUAUACCAUCAGCCUAAA